UUUUCUUUCGACGCAUGCGCUUUAGUCCAUUGUUUAUAAAAUGUCGCCUAUUUUCUACGAGGAAAUGCUGUAAACAUGAAGGACUUUUUAUAAUUAAUAAACACAAAUUGGACUUGUGAUUAAUUAAUUAGAAACAAAUUCUGUAAUAUCAUAUAGCAAGCAUCAACCUUGAAUGUGUUUCUUACAUGGAUUAUUGUUCUCAACCAUUUAAUUAGAGAUCCCAGUUCCUCUAUUUCAUGUUUUUAGUAUUUUUAGUAGAAUUUAAGAAUAAUUUUUACACCAAACAAGUCAAAGAUUAAACAAGAAUAACUCAAUAAGAUUCAAAGAACCAUGAUUUUAUUACUAUUUUCAUGUUACUCAAAAUCAAAUAAAGAUCUGCAGAGUUUGUCAGUUUUAGUAUAAAUCUAGAUCUCUAGAUUUACAUAUAGUAAAUCUAGAUCUAGAAUCUAGUCUUGGUAACAAGGUUCACAAUUUUGCUGUAAGAAUGGAGGAGGAACCGCUGGAUCAAAAUACUUGUACAUCUCCUUAUUUAGAUGAGGCUGUUAAAACGGUGGAGAAUGAUAAAGUCGCUAGUAUUCUGAAUCAAGUUUCCCAGUUAUCAGAGCUAGACAAGUAUAUGCUGUACUUACAGUUGCCUACUGAGGAGACCACAGAAGAUGGCAUCGAUGAUAGCAAUAGAGUACACAUCUCUAGGCCCCUAACAGUGAUGGCCAAGAGAACAGAAACUGCAGUGAAGUGGAUCAGACAAAACUAUGCAGAGACUUCUGACCAGUCUGUGUUUUUACCAAAUAAAGAAGUAUAUGAACAUUACAGGGAGCAGUGUGAAUCAGACAGCAACAAGGCUCUCUCUAUACCUGAUUUUGGGAAGGUUAUGAAGUUUGUCUUUCCCAAGAUUGCUCAUAGGCGACUUGGUCCGAGAGGAAACUCAAAAUAUGGUUACAAGGGAUUACAAAAAAGAGUGGGUGAUAUAUCUUCAACGUGCACUACUUGCCAUAGAGAUCUGACUGAGAAGCCAAGCCCAGAUGUCCAUUUGUAUUCCUUAUCCUGCCAGAUAGUCUGUGAGUGGGCUUCCAAGCUGUUGGAUCGUCAGUUGACUGAUAUUAAGUCAUUGUCUGAACACUUAGUAUCUGUUGGCUACUCCUAUGGGAAGGCAGCUGCCAAGUUUAGCCUCUUAUCUGGAAGCCCAGGUCAUCCUAAACAGUUAGAGAAAGAUAGAAAAUCACCCCGAUUUCAAGAUGGACAGGUCCUGCUUCAGCGAAAACUUUUACAGAAAGAAACUAUACGCCAGCACAAGCAGAAACUCAUGGAGCAUCAGCGUAAUCAAAGACAAAGUUCCAAAAUGUCUCCUCUAACCUUAUUUCAACCAGGGGUUUAUGGGAGAAAGCAACGCAAACUUCAGCCACGGCCCUCCUCUGUCCAGUCUUACACACCCUCCUGGAGCUCAAGUAAUGCUUCCUAUGGUAACAUCAACUCUGGGCACACACUUCCCUUGACAGAAGCUCAAAAUAAUGUUGCUCAAGGCAGCAGCAGGCUUAUGGACAUAUUGGCCCCCAAUUUCAAAAAUUCACAAACCCCUACAAAGCGCUGUCAGAGUGCAAGCGUUGUGGAGAAAUACUCAGACUCUCUUUCUAAUAAUGUGCUUGAGCUGUUUCAAGAGAAGGCUGACAUGACUCAUGCCAAGCUUCUGUCCAACGCAGGGACAGCGUUUUUGUCCCCAAGCACUACAUCAGACAGCACAGAUACCGUCAUGUCGUCACCAGCAAUCACAAGAGCCAAUAGCCAUUUGGGAAAUAAUGGGCUGGACUCUCUACUAGCCCAGCACUAUAAACGAAAUGGGGAAAAUAUAAGCCCUGAUGGAGAUACUAAGAGACGCUGUAUGACCUCUCUGGGGGUCCGGGAGCAGGAAAAUCUGAAUCCCAUCCAUCCAAGUGACAUAAGUGAGUUCACUAAGCUAAGACCUUAUUCCUGUCCAGUAAUUUGUAGUGACCAGGCUCAAACUAAAUCUGACAGCAUGGAAGAAUUAAAGGUGUGUACAAAACCUGACAAGGAAGGCAAGUCGGCACAGUUCAAAUGUGAUCAGAAAGAUUCAAAAGAAAAUAAGCAGGAGAAAAAGGAAGAAGGGAAAAUUCACUUUGUGCAAAAACCUACUGUGAUCAAUGGCAGGGUAAACAAUCUCCACAAUGUUGUGUCCUGCCCAGACUUUCAACAGUUCACCAAGAAUGCUGACAAAAUGUCAGAUCAGGGCAUGAGAUACAACAGACCCAGUAGCAACAUUCUAAACUCUCUCUUGUCUUCGGAUUUCGACCUAACUUGGAGAACUUCUCAGGUCUUUAAAGCUGACCAAGUGAUAGCCAGCACAGCCCAAAGCUUGGCUUCUUCCUCAUUAGAUUUGAGUUCCUUGCCAAGCAACCAGCUCCGAGUGAUAACUGAUCCUUCCAUGUGUACAGAAAGUGCUGUGACCCUCUCUAAUCAAUCCAGUCGAAGUGCAUUUGUGCCAGUUACAAGCCACAAACAAAUCAGCAGUGCAAUGACAACAGAGACCAAAAUGCAGCAGCAUAACCCAUCAUUCAGUGUGUGCAAAACUUCUGAAUCACUCAAUUAUGCUUCAUCUUCAACUAACCUCCCAGCAGACAUUACUUGCAUGUCUAGCCCAGAUUCAUUGAGCAGAAAGCCAAGCGUUGAAAAGGUCAAUUUAGAAAAUCACCCAUUCUUUUUAUCAGGUGCAUGUGUUUCACAAGUAACAUCCGACACAAAGACAACCCUUACAACAACAGUUAGUCCUGAAAGUGUCACAAAUGGUUGGGAUCACUUGACCCAAUCUAACCAAACUGAUAGCACUCUUUGCUUGCAAAAACAGUCAAUUUUAGUCAGUAGUCUGGUAACGCCUCUUGCUUCUUUUAAACCUGCUAAAGAGGCACAGUCUCAACAAGUGAUGGCAACUGCUGCUUCCACGCUUGCCCCAUGUACAACACCAGUCACUCGUAUUAGUACCUCCACAGUGUCGUCUCCCAUAAUUAGCACUAGUUCUCCAGUGAGCACUACUCAGACAGCCUUUGUCAUGACCCCACCUCCUGGCAGGGUCUGCUUUUCAUCUGCCUCAUUCCAGAUGGAUUCCAGCAGCAUCUCAAGUUACACUUCUCCAGUCACCUCUUGUACUGCAUCUGUAACCACGCCGCUGGUCAGCAAUCAGAAUAGUUCUUCCACAACUCCAUCCAGGCGAGUGACUAAGAAUAGGUUCACCCCAAUUCGUCCUAAACUGGGGGGCUCUGGAUCGCCCCAAUUCUCCACUACUCCACCCCCUACCAAAAAAGACAUGAGACCAGUAUCUGCAAUAUUGAAAGAACAGCAAGGUUAUAAAGUGGCUAAGGGCCUAUUUGUUAACCUUGGGAGUGCAUGUCAAGGUGAGGUGAAGUUUCAAAUGCCUGCAGAUUUGCUCUGUUUGGCUCCUGGCAAGUCAAAGACCAGUGAUCUUGUACUAACCAUCAAUGCACCUCAUAAUGCAUCUUUGACAAAAGAAACCUUGAAUUCCAGCCCUGUAUUGUGGCCACUGGCCAGUCCAGUUCAACAUAGUAAAAGUAAUGACUCUCUGUUCAGUCCAGUGUUUAGUCAGUCUGACAGUACUUACUCCACUGGGCAUGUCAGUAUUGAAGCUACAGGUCUAAUGGCUGAGCCUAAGGCCAACACUUCAGUCUUGUCCCUCACCACCUUGUGUUCACCCAGUAUAUUUCACACUAGCAUUACAACCUCCACUAGCACCUCAUUGACUGCCAAUAAACAAUUCAUCCUUCUCUCUCCCACCAAAUCUGUGAAUCAUCAUGAUCAGACCAGAACAAAUGAACAGCUCCACCACAAUAUGGCCACUAAUGGUCACACUGCUGACCACACUAUUGAUCUCACUAUGCUCCUUGGUCUUGACAAUACUCCAGAAGCAAAACCUGAUGUGAACUCUCGCUUAAACUCAGAUGGUGAUCAUUUUCUUGCUGUUUCAAAUCUCAAUGAUGCCCAAGAAAAUGUUUCCUCUUCCUCCUUUAGAGAACACAAAGAGAGGAAACCAUUGACACCUUUUGGAGAUAGCGCUGAUAAAGAACAAAAUCUUAAAACAAUGUCACUAUCUUCAACUCUUCUUUCUGAGCUGAGUCACUUAGUCAGUGCUGGACAGCAGCCCACCAUUCAACACAAUUCAUCACCAUCUGCAUUUUACAAAUGUACCAACCAGCAAGUGAGAGGAGUAGAUGCAGUAUUUACAAAAGAAUUCAUUCACAAUGACAAAAGUAAACCAUUCAAGAUAACAGAAAAUUCCAUUCAUCCAAAUGCAACGUCGCAGACAGCUAGGAAGAGAAAGUUUGGAACUGACGAACAUGGGUGCAAUAAAAAAGUGAAUCGCUCUGUAGAGAAAGAUUUGGAAGAUGAUGUUUUUAUCAUCAAUAUUGGAGAUGGCAUGCAGUGUGAUAAAGAGCAUUCAUCAGAUAGCAGGACCUUGAGCAGUUUUGAUGACAGGUCAGCUGAUAUUCCUGGUGAUGUAGGUGCACCUAACCAGCAAUUAGUAGCUGACACUGAUAUGUUGUUGGGUAUGAUACCAAACACCAAAUAUCUGACUGUAAAAGAGACUGUGAAAGCCCUGAAUGACCUUAGGGCAAAGAUAAACUGUGUUACUCCAAAUAUUGUCAAAAUGAGCUGCCCUGCACAGGUUAAAUCGGAUUUGGUGACCAGCAUCCCUGUAACUGAAACCUUAGUGGCAACAUCUGAGAAGACUUCAUCAAGCAUAGCAGGUCAGCCUCAGGCUAGAGAUGGCAGGAAUGUUAGCCUGAAUGUAGAGAGUGUAGAGAGUGAUGCUCUGCUAGAUAUUGACCCGGCAUGGAAUCAUAACUUUGUUGGAGAAGUUGGCCAUGAGCAGAAAAUGUCAGUAGGUGUGGCAGCCAAGUCUAGAAACAAUAAGCAAAGUGUGUAUCGGCAGGUACCAGACCUUGUUAAUAAGCUUCCUGUGUCUACGAACUCCAAUCUGAUUGCAGUGAAUCCCCCAAGCAAGAAACUUAUAAACAGCUGCUUGACCAAAACAGACAACCACAAAAUAGACAAAUGCAACCUCUCCUCUUCAUUAGCUUCAAAAAUAGUCAGAGAGAAAGCUUCAGUAAAUUUGGACAUGGACUCCAGGCAAGCUAUACAGGACAUUGAUGCAUUGGUACAAACCAAACACAACCAGCAGGGCCAACUUCAAAAUAGAGGAUCACAUACAUUUCUUGACCAACUAUCAGAUCCUAAUCAUGUCAAACAGGAGACCAGUUUACAAGCAUCCAAUCACCCUACAUUGGCCCAGUAUCUGACUGUACCAGCAGGAGAUAAGGUGUUGACACCUAUGAGAAGCAUUUCAUUAACAAAUGUCUCUUCUAAGGAAACAGAGAUAUCUUCUGAUCAUGAGUUGCCUGGUGAUAUCCUGGACUUUAUUACAGAAUCAAUGUGCCACAGAAAACAGAAUUCUGAUGUUUCCUUUUAUCAUGACAUUUUUGGAAAAGACAAGGUAGAACCAAACUCCACACUCCUAAGAAGUUUAUCUGCUCCCAAUACUUUAGCUUUGGCUCAUCAGAAAACUCACAUUGCUAGAGUAAAUGAUAUCAAAGUCUCCCUUGCAGAUAGUGAGAAUAUGUUUGACUUGGACUGUGACACAAACAGUGUUGCCCCCCAAAGGCAAUCUCAGAAUCAUUCUAAUGGUAUUUUCUUGAGCCCUGUAGGGCCUGCCAAAAUGAACAGAAGGUUGUCCAUAGAACGUCCUGUAUCCAAUGACACAAGCUCUACAAAAACUCAAGGAGAGCGACCACCUUCUAGAUUACAAGGUAAUGUUGAGACUGUCAGCAAUACACAGAUUGACAGGCUGGUUUCAAAGAUUCUAACAGAUACAAGUGAGAUGCCUAAUUGGAACAGGAGUUCUCAAGGGUCAGCUAAAGAAGAUUGUGUUGAGCUGCCACAAGGACAGCAAGUAUCUCAAGAGAAAAGUAAACUACCAGAAAGAAGUUUGAACAAACUAUUGGAACAAAACCAGACUUUCUCGAGUGAUGCUGAAGCAAGGAGAUCGGAUGGACCCUUAAAUGUGUUUGAACAAACCCUGGCUUACUCAAGUGUAGGUGAAGCAAGGAGAUCCGAUGGGUCCAUAAAUGUUAUUCCUACAUCUGAUGGAGGCCACAGCUUUGUUAGCAAGACAUCCACCUCUGACAUUGGGAGAGUCAGUCCAAAUGCAGUUAGGAUGACCACUGCCAAUGUUUACGGGAAUUCUAAUCGUAGAGUUAAUUCAUCUCCAGCUACGAUUUUCAUGCCUUUGAGAGGUGACAGCUCAAGGGGUGUUAACUUCAGUAAUGUAGUUGGAGCCACUACAUCAUGUUAUCCCACUACUAACUCUUCAGAGAUGACAUACACCAAACUGUUACAUUUCCUUGAUCCUACUAAAUUGUAUGAACAGGUUAAGUUGGUGUCAGCAAUGCAAUCAAACAAAAACUUGUCACAAUCUGGACCUGGCUGCAACAGCGCUCCUAAAGUUACUAAAAAUAUCUCUUCAACAUCCCAAGAAUUACCAACACAACUACAAUGCAUUCCGACCCCUCCGUCCAGUCCCUCUAAUUGCCAUAGCAGUGAGUCUCACCAGUCAGCAUCACAUGUUGGCUCAGAUAAAAACAAUCAUUGUGGGCAAUUAAGUCAUCUGAUGAGGACAACAGCUCAAGAUAGCCAGAGCUCAAAUGCAGGGCCUAAUAAUUUGGGCAAAACUGCCCCAAUUCCAAAAGUUCCUAGCCCUAAAGCAGCUCCACCUUCAUCCCCUCUUCCACAUGGGAAUUCUCGCUCACAAAUGUAUAACCCGCAUCCUUCACCUCCUUUCACCCCAAGUUCACAGCUGUGUUUGGCAUCACCCAGAUGCCCAACCCCUGGACCAAACACUUCUGGUUGCACCACUCCAAUUAGUGACUCCAGCUCAGUUCCCAACAGAUUUGUGCCAAUCCAGACUUCUGGUAUACUAGGGAGCUCUGCAGUUGGUUACAUUCAACCCAUUCGCCCUGUGGUAACCAAUGUGGCCAAUCUCCAAACAAAGUCUCAGUUGACCACUAAGAGCAAGCCACUAGAACUGCCCAAUUUCUUAAACACAGAAGCUGAGGUAAUGAUAAAUGCACCCCCAAAGAAAGAGCAUCAGAGCAAUGAAAGACUUGUGCCACCAGCAUUAGUUUUGUCAUUGACUGGUGGGAUUGGCUCUGUUUCUGGGCGGGGGAUGAAAGAUGGCUGGGGUGGUCAUGACAUGACAACCUCUGUGACAACUUUGCCCAGUGGCAAGCUUGUCAUCAAAUCAGAACAGCCUGACACAGUGACAAGCAUUCAUUUGUCAAGUGAUAUGCUGCCCACCUAUGAAGAAGCUAUGUCACUACUGGUAGGCACACAGCAAGCCACCUACAACAAUUCUCCAGAUGUCAAAAAAUUUGAGGAAGACACAGGUCAGGACAGGCAUGUUAACAAUGAUCAGUUACCAAAAAAAUCUCAGUCUGUUAACUUUCUUCAACACGAGGCCACGAAAGCAUCUUUUCAUUCCUCUGGACAGAAAUCUGACUCUAGUGAUAAGACCAAGCAUUUGGAAACAUUAAUGCAUUUAGUUUCUAAAAGUGACAAGCAGUCCUUUCCUCAGCAGUCACUUCCUAUGUUGUCUCAGAGUGUUGUGACCCUACAUAAGCCACUCACAGACAGUUCUCUAAGGCAAUUGUUAAGUGCAAAGCCUUCUAGUCUUUCCAGCAUGCUGCAAGCCCCUGCAUUCUCCCUGGAUUAUAACAAGUUUAUUUCAAAGGUGACUCAGGCCAAAAUGCAGACAACUACAGAUAAAAAUUUACGUAAAGAAAUGGACUGGAAGUGUUCAAAGAAGUCCAGUGAACUAUGGGCUUCAAAGUGGGCUCCACCAAUAUCAGAUAGCUUCCAAUUAAAAGAUCUGCCAACUGAUGGCUUUCACUUGAAAGAUUUGCCCACUGCAGGCUAUUCAGGGACCACACCUAACAAAACUGCACCCGGGGGUUCUAGCUACAGCACUUCAUCCCAUUUUUUUGACCAGCAAUCUAAUCAGGAUGUCCACACGACGGUCAUGAACUUUGGAAGAGAGAUGGUUCAUUUGGGGCAAGAUGAAAUGGAACCCUUGAGGCAAGAUGAUCUGGAUGUAACACUGGAUGUGCUCAAAAAUAUUGAUAGGCAGUAUUUCCAAGCUGAUGAUGAAAUGGUGUGAAUGUCAAGUCUAACAGAUCUAUAAACCUUCAAGAUGUGAGAAAUAGGUCAACUGUCAAACAGAUUUAAGUAUGCCAUAGUUGGAAAGUCUUUAGAAAGAUUCAAUUUGAUGUCUACUUUGUGGAAAAAAAAACAACUGAUCCAAUGUGAUAACAUUAGCAAAUGUAUGUACUUAAUGCAAUAAGAGUUUGUGUAUUAACAGUUUCUAUUGACACAUUGUAUGUGACUACCAAAACAAAAUUUAACUGCUAUACUAAUUUUUUUUUAUUAGUAAUUUAGUGUCAUUUUGGUCAUAAGGCUAGUGCUGUGUCUGAGACUCAGAUUGUAUGUAAUAUUUUAUACCAAUUUAUCAUGAGGUAAAAGAAAUUUGAAUUAAAUAUUGGUGAAAUUAUUAUUUUUUUUUUCCUAUUGCAAGUGUAAAUAAAAAAAACAUUUUUUUCUUGUAAAUAUGUACAGUAUGAGGAAGUACAGCAUUACACCCCUUUGUUCUAUGAAAUGUUUCAUAUAUUUAUAGUUGAAAACUCUGAAGCUUCUAUGUACAAAAUUGUGAAUGUUUCAAGGCUUCAAAAAGUAGAAAUAAAAUGUGACUAAUUUUCA